GCCUGCUCUCUCUUUUUUUAAUUGAGUGAGAAAAUCUCCACCUCCUUGUUGAAGAGGGAGGAACAGGGUUUGCCAAUGAGAGAGAUGGGAAAGGGUCACUGGCGUCACCACGCCGUACUGCGCGUGCGACUUGAGCGCUAUGCCGGGCGCUGAGCGAGGGAAGCGUCCAAUCAGGAGAGAGGAAGAUGGUGCCGUUCCCCCGCCCUCUCCCUUUCGUCGGGGGCGGGAGGAGCAAGAGGAGGAGUGACGCAGGUAGGAAACGGACGUGGAAGGAGGGGAGGGAGCCGAGCCGAGCUGCCAAUGGGCGCGGCCGAGGUGGGCGCGCGCAGCGUGGAUUGUUUAUAUCUCGCCUGUGGGAAGGAGGCCGGGGUGCGGCGCCUGCCGAUGUGGAGCGGAGGGAGGCGCGCUCGCUCGCUCGCUUCUGAGGGGCCGGGGGAGGAGGAGGAGGGGAAGCGGCUCUGUGGCUGGACGGCUGAGGUAGGCCAUGGCGGGUGUUCGCGGCUGAGGAGAACGGGGCGUAUGUAUAUGUAUGGGGUAAUCCCAGCCUGCGGCCUACAGCUCGGUUGAGAAAGUUCUUCAGAGGCCACUAGCGGACCGUUGGCCAGUUUCUGGCAGGACCCCUCCCAGUGGCUGCUGGGAGUUCUCGCAAAGGACGCUGGGUAAAGUUGGACACUGGUCUCAUUGCCCCGCCCCCAACUUACGAGGCAUUUAUUGGGUGCUUGGCCGAGAGACAGUGAGUCAGCGCAAGAAUUAUAGAAUUGUACAGUUGGAGGCGGAGAGACCCUAAGGGUCAUCUAGUCCAACCGAAUGACUUUUUCUAAGUGGGGGCACGAUUUAGCUGAAGUCGAGAGGUGCCUUUUCUCCUGUAGUUUUUUAAGGUACCUCUGUACCUUCUUUGCUUAAAAGACUGUUGGGAAGGAUGUGGGGUGUGUGUGUGUGUGAAAGAGAGAGAGAUUUGCCUAAAGGCCCAGUCGUGAGGUUUGGGGUUCUAUACUGAAGACACCCCCCUCUCUAUCUCUGCACCCUAUAAUUUUAAACUUUUUAAUUGUAACAUAAUGAAUGAGCCAAAGGCCCAGUAGCAGGAUAUUACAUUAUGCAAACAAACAAAAAAAAUACUAAAAUGAAAAAGUAGUAACACACCCAUAUUUCCUCAGCUGGCGUGGAUGGUAAAUGUUGAGCAUCUAAGUCAGAAGCAUAAGAAAUAAAAUCCCACCAGAUGGCAUAAAAGUGUUCUGGGUCAGCAGCCCAUAAACUGACCACUGGAGAAAAUGAGAGACGUGAGAUUUCUGUCAGCUUUGAAGGCAUGGGAAAGAAACAUAUAAAGCUUCCUUCUAAAAUUGUAUGUGUGCCUUUCCUCCCUCCCCCCUUCUUUACAUCACAACUCUUAAAAAGUAUAAUUCUGUAUGAUUGAGAUGGGGAACCUUUGCCCCUGCAGAUCAUGUUGAACUCCAGACUCCCAUCAGCCCCAGCUAGUGUAGUCAAAGAGAUAGGGAUCAUGGGAGCUGCAGUCUAACAAUAUCUGGAGGGCCACAGAUCCCCCAGCCCUGCAAUAGGAGGUUGCUUUUUGCUACACACCCAUACCGGAUGUCGGCCUUCAGAGGUACUCCUUCUCUAUCUGGUUGGUCCUUUCUGGCUGGUCUGUUUGUAGUGCGUUUUUCUUGGGUUGCUGUAUUUAUCUCUUAUAAGUAAUUCACUUUAUUAUGUGUACCAUGUUCUGCCCAUAGCCUUUUAAGAACAAUUUUAAUGAGAUUAAGAAUACAAAAAAAAUGUACACAUGAAAAAAGCUAAACACUGCUCUAAAAAGCAGUGAUCUAAAAUAAAAUGCACAUACACAUCUUUAAAAUCAGUAGUUUGCUUGAUUUUGUAUUUUCUUAACUUGCUUUUACCGAUCUAUGUCAGCUACUUUGAGGCACCUUGGAAAGGUGCAUAGAGAUAUUUUUUUAGUGAAUUAAAAAAAAAUAAAAAUACAGGUUGGUUAGGACUUCGGUGAAAGGAACCAGAGUAUGUGUACUUUGUAAAUUUAAGAUGUCAGUGGGCCAUGUGUAUUUUAGUCCAAAAAGAAAAAAAGAAAAAAGAGAGAGAGAAAGUGAGACUGUACUCUGCCUUCUUAGGGGUUUAUGUAUGCUUGUGCCAAUUGCAGGUGGCAAGGUUAUAUGUUACGCUGCAUUUAGAUGGAUAAUGUGUGCUUGUAAUAUGUUUAAGUACAGUGGUACCUCGGUCUACAAACUUAAUCCGUUCCGGAAGUCCAUUCUAAGCUGAGGCGCGCUUCCCUAAUGAGGCCUCCUGCUGCAGGUGCCCUUCCACCGUUCGGAUUCCGUUCUUAGACCGAGGUAAAGUUCUCAAACUGGGCCACUAUUUCCGUUUUUGCGGUGUUUGUAAACCAAAUCAUUCUUAAACAGGACUGUUCUUAAACCGAGGUACCACUGUAGUAGGUGGAAGGGGGCUUUGGGUGCCAUAUGGAUGUAGGGGAGGAGAAGGAGAAGCUGUAGAUAAGCAAGAGUUUUCUUGUGUAUACGGGAAAGGAAACUGUUGUGGGAGGGGUGAAUGUAGGUACAGUUGCCCCAGUUUUGAGGACUGUGGAUGGAUGGGGAUGGGAAAGUCGUAUUAUGUGAGCAGCAGUUACCUUUGGGCAUGGACAGUUUUUGAGGCUUGCUUCAUAGGCACAUGUUUAUUAUUUAAACUAUUGUUUACUGUUAAGCUUUACUUUAAAUCUGUAAGGCACUGUUGUAUAGCCUCUCAUGGGGAUCUGAAACACAGCAGCCGUGCCUCACAGGACGUGUCUGAAUUAAGAGAGACCCCAUAUUGAAUGCAGCAGCAGUUGUGUUUGCAGUGAGUGCAUAGGUGUUCUCACUGCACAUGCAUCAAGUAGGACUCAUAAAUAUACAGUGGUACCUCGGGAUGCGAACGGGAUCCGUUCCGGAGCCCCGUUUGCAUCCUGAAUAGAACGUAAGACGCGACGUCGCGUUUUGCCGCUUCCACGCAUGCGCGUGAUGUCAUUUUGAGCGUCUGCGCGAGCAGCGAAACCCUGAAGUAACGCGCAACCCGGAAGUGCUCAACCUGAAGCACAUUCAACCCGAGGUAUGACUGUACGUGCAUCUGGUAUCCACAGUUUUGUUGGGACUACCAGAAGUAUGAAUGUGGGUAUUGGGUCAGGCACCUGCACUUUGUUUUGUACUGUACUUAAGAGUUUCCUGUGCCAAAUACUAGCACAUCUGAAGUGCAUACAAUUGUUGCAUAUAAUGUGGUUCUGUUCUUGGAGAGCCUGGUUUCACAAUGGAUUCAUGGCAAAUGGUGGGACUUGAACUAGGAUAAAAUCCCAACUCUAUAUGGACAACAUAGUUCAUUGUAUCCUGUGGGGCUGGAUUACCUGUGUGCUUUGGCUCACCUCUGUGAUACUAGCAUUCUGUAUUGAGGCAGUGCAGUACAGUUCAUAUAAAGUUGGACUGGGAUCAGAGAGACCUGCUUCAAAUCCCUGCUUAGUUAAGGUCAGUGGCCUUCCAGGGUGCCUUUCAUAUGCCCCUCCUUUAUGUGCUGAAUUUAAUUACUGACCGGGCACAUAAUUUAAAUGUGAUUUUCUACCUGUGUGUGUUAGAAAGUAAGUGAUGCAAAGUCACUUCUGCUUUAUGGGAUGUUAUUGCCAUCUUUGAGUAGUGAUGGUUCUCAUUACAUACUAAGUGACCUUUUCUUUCCACUUGAUAGUUUAAGGCUGUGGUCAUUUAAUACUAUUUAUUAAAGAAGUAAAAGUUAGGAUACUUUUAUGCAAAAGUAUUUAUAUCUAAGAAUAAAACUGAUAAUUAUGAAUCCAUUAUGAAUGAACUUUGUUCUGUGGUCACAUUACAUAGUGCUUACUGAGUCUUGUGGGUGCCUUAGGAGCCUAGCCUUUCCUUUAGCUUUCUGGGACUGUAAGCUGGUGAUAACCACUCCUCUGUUACAUAUGAGAGUCACUGGUUACAGCCAUCUAGACUUCCCCUUUCAACCCUGGCAUUUUCUAGCUAGUGUGGAGUGUAACUCUGUAUGCCUAAGCCAGUAGUUUUCAGUCAGUGUGCCAUGGCACCCUGGGGUGCCGCAGGCAACACUGACCUCUGUCCCUCUUUCCUUCCCUCCUUUCAUGCCCUCUUGCCUCUCUGCCUCCCAAAGGCUUGUGUGGCUGUUUGUUGCAGCAGCCCUGGCUACAAGCUCCUCAGGCAAAUGGUGCCUCUGGAGCUGGCCAGGGGGUGCUGGUUGCCAGAAGCUGAGGCAGCCUCAAAAAGGGGCGAGGGGCUGCUGGCUCUGCAGGCAAGGGGUGACAUAACUGGGCUUCUGAGACUUGGAGCUCCCAUAGGGGAGCCACAGAAAUAAUGUAGUUGGUCAAGGGAGCCCUGGAUGCAAAAAGGUUGAAAACCUCUGGCCUAAGCAUAUAUUAUAUGAAUGCAUGUUUGCUGUUGAAGCAGUGUACUGCUUUCUAGCCCUAGUGGUUUUUGCACUGGAACACACUCCUUAUGGCAUCAUUAUAGGUUCACCCUACAGUGGAAGGAAGCAAUCCUUUCUUUUUUAACAGUUAAAGUAUGUUGUCUGCCAUAGGGACUUUGCUUCAGUGCUCUUGAUGUUUCCCAGCUGUGUCUUGGUGUGUUUUCAGUUUGUUUUCUGUUCAUGCUCCUCUUUAUCCCAUACUUAGCUUGUUAUAGCUGCUCCUUUGACUGUAAAGUUCACUUGGAGUAAUCUUUUUCCUCACAAGGCAGCUCAGUUGUUGACCUGCUGAGCUGCCUGGAGUGGCUCAUUUGAUCACUGAGCCGAGUGGCCUUAAUCGCAUUAUGCCUAUCCUGGUAUUCUUUACAUGAUGCCUGGGUUGGGCAGUUCUGAAAUAGAGGCCGUUAGAUCAUGAAUGCUUAUCUUCUGGGACACCUUUCAGGACCUCUUCCUGCAAAGUCAUUGCAAAACAUUUGGAUUGUAAGAGCCCUGCUGAAUAUGACAACCUCUUUUCUUGCAUACCCCCUUGGGAGCUAAGAAUGGUGCUAUUUUCCCCCUGCAAUGGCAAUAAUAAUAAUCUUAAUAAUUUGCUUUAUAUAGCUGCCCCAUAGCAUAAGUAUUCUAGGAAGCCAGUGUGGUGUAGUGGUUGGACUAGAACCUGCGAUGUCAGGGUUCAAAUCCCCACUCAAUCAUAAAGCUCACAGGGUGACCUUGGGUCAGUCACAGCCUUUUAAUCUACCUCACAGGGUUGUUGUAGAGAUUAACUGAGGGGGGUGAGCCAUGUGCUUCUUGGAGAAAAUGGUGGGAUAUAAAUGCAAUAAAUAAGCUCUUCUGCUUUUCUUCUUAAGAAAGCUGGAGGGGCCAGCCAGAUGGAGAUGUCAUUUACCAAUCUGGCAUCCAGAGAUCUCCAUGUGGUCACAACUGGACCUGUGCCAGUAGCAAAACAUGCCUGGCACCUCGCUAAUUUCUAACACUGCUUAUCCACUGUGCUUGUCUUGGGUAUUGUGCUUCAAUAAAGCACUUAAUUUUUCUGUUACAAUAUAUUGGCAGUGGUCCUUAUUUCUGGUUUAGGCUUGGGGUGCAGUUUUGAACCCUGAUUUUCAUAAACUCCUGUAGCCUGGGGGUAAAUAGUAGGACAGGAAGGCUUUGGUCACAUUUAAGCAAGUACUGUAAGUAUUGCCUGUUGGCAGAUGUUUCAAAACAUUAAGUUUGUGGUCUGUAACCUCUCUGUAUAGAAUGACUGGAAUCAGCUGCAGUGUAGCAAAAAUGUAUUUGGUUAAAACUCUCGAUGUUUACAUAAAGGAGGAUAAGGGAGGUUCUUGCUGGUCUCUACUGUUGGAUAUCUCUUGUUUUCAGUGAAUAUUUUCCCUUGAACUGUACUGUAUCCUCUUCUUGACUGCAGUGUCCACCCCAUCUCCAAAGUCGUAUAUUGAUUUAUCCAGAGAGCUUAGGGAAACACAUGGUCAUUUGCCCCCCUCGGUAGAUCAGACUUGAAAGCAUGACUUGCUCAAGGUCAUCUGAGGAGAUUCAAAGUGAAGUGAGGAUUUGGACUUGGUUUUCAGUGAUCUUAGUCUAAUCGCUACAUUGUACAAUGCUUCCAUUAUGAAACCUUGCAAUUUAAAAAAGUAAACUUUAAAAACAUAAAACAAAUGGACUCAAGAAAAAGGCCAGGUUAGGGUGGGUGGGAACUGAGAAGAGAAGUGGAAAACUAUAUGAAAUGACAUUUUCAAAGACUGAACUCCGGGGGUGGGGUGCGGGAGAGAGUACAUACAUGACUGCUGUGAUGGAUAAGUGAAUCUGUCUAAGACAAAGUACCUGAUAUGAUAUUAUUCUCUUUCUGCCUUCUUCCUCUCUCCAGGCUCUCAUGCCUCCUUCCAUGUUCAGGCUCUUUUAUAAUACGUAGCUAUUUGCUUCAGAUGGUCUGUCUUGUGCAUUUGUACAGAAUUAUUUUUUAAGGCAUCACUAGCAGUUAUCACAGUACAACAGAUUACCUUUGUUUAUGUUGACUUUCCCCAGCAUUUUUGUUGUUGUUGCUACAUGCCCCUCCUCCCUGCAAAGAACUCAGGGUUGUGCAUAUGUCUCCUUGCAGCAGCCCUGCGAGAGGUUUAAGUCGGCAAGACAAUGACUGCCCUAGAAUCAGUAAGCUUUAUGGAUGAGUGGGGAUUUGACCACAGAUCUUCCCUGUAUACUGCAUAUAGCUGCUUACUAUCCUUUCUCUUCAUUUACUUUGCCUCUCUUCAUUAGAUUAUAAGCCUGCAGGCAGGGCCUGGACAUCACUUAGUACGUGUUAAAGGCUAUAAAUAAUAAACAAUUUCUGUCUGAAGGAAGGAUUAUUGUUCUUGUUAUUGUGUGGUUAAUAGUAAAGUAGGAAGAGUUGGCUUGAAUAACAUCUCUCCUUGCUUUCCAGAUUACCUCUCCAAACACGCCAUGGCACGCCGUAUGCGCAACAGCAGAGCUUGGCACUAUGUCCUGAGUGGGGUACGCCGUGAUGCAGACUCAAGGACAGUAGCAUUGCCCUCUGGUUCCCUUAGCUGGUCGUCUGAUUCUGAUGGGCAGGUAUGAUAGUGCAGAAGAGCCUUCUUAAGACCCAGUGCCAUCUGGAUAGUUGACUGUUUGUCUGAGUGGGAAAACUGACUGUUGGCAUGUGUUUUGGAUUUUUGACCUGGACUGUAAUAGCUUUGCCCAAUGAACUAAACUUUCAUGAGCAAUGAAUCCAUGAACCUAGCAGGGAGCUUAAAUUGAUCUACAUUCAUGUUUUUUCUUAUCUGGGUGAGAGAAGUAAGUUGGCACUAUUCCUGCCCCCACUACCACCGGAAUUAAAUUACACCAGCAUGUGUGGUAAACCACAUGGAAGUUUAUUUUGUGCUAGAUGGAGUCUAUUUACUUCAUCAGUUGAUGUUUUCAGAGUGUGGGCACCCAGAGCUUGGUUGCAGAGUGUAUGCUCUUUUUGUUCACAAUACUCAGAUUCAGCUGAGAUCUCCAUUUGAGAGGUACUUGAAUAGCAAAGCAGGGAAGGAACAUGGCCUGAGCCCCCAGCUAGUUUAUUUAAUAAAUUUAUUCAUUGUGUUUAUAUACAGGUGAUGACCACUUUGAGUGCAUUCAAUUGAUGCGCGACCUCUGACAUGUGGGUUGUUUUGGACUAGGAAGAGGGUAGAAUGGGUGUGAAGGGGUGGGAGGGGCUUCUGUGCGCUCUGCCGAUGUGCAGGGGGGCCAGGAAUGCAAACCCCGUGCAAAUUGUGGUUUGCCUGUACCACCUUUCUACUAAGGCUUCCAAGGCGGUGUACAAUUUUAAAGUGCUAAGAUGAAGGGAAAAACAUGUAAAAUUGGGAGUGGGGGCAGUCUGACUGGAGUAGGCUCUGGUGUCGUCUGUACCUGCCUCCCUCACACUCCUCUUCCUCCUCAGAGGAGCAGGCUGAUGUCUGAAAAUCAAGAUUCGAAAUUGCACUGCUGUAGGGUAAGGCUGAACCACUAAGAGGGACUACUGACUGUUUUGUAACCAAAACAAACUGGGAAGUUAGUUAAAAGCACAAGACUCAGUGCAAAGAGUGUAGGUUAAGGAAGUAACAGUGCAAUCCUAUACAUGUCUAUUCAGAAGUCCCAUUAAGUUUAGUGCAACUUAGUCCCAUAUAAGUGGGUAUGGGGAUUGCAGCCUAAAGCAAUAAAAGACCAUCCCUACUUCAUUUUAUGCUGUGGCAUCCUCCUACACUCUCCAGCCAGUCUUCUUAGGCGCCAAACUUUCCUCACUAAAGCAGUGUAUGGCUUCCAAUAGUCACUAGUAUCAGUGGGUCUCUUAUCUUUUGUCAAUUCCCCAGAGGAAGAACGUAUAAGAGCUAAAGGAAGGUGGAGUGAGAGAGACAACAGAAAAGCCUGCAGUUCUUCCUACUCUGUGGGUUUUUAUAUAGAUAAGCAGGUGUCAUAUCAACCUCUCUUGCCACAUUAUUGUGGCUGCUGCUUCUGCUUUGCUGCCAAAUGGUGGCUCUCUCAGCCUCUUAUCAGUUGAGAGGGUGCAGCUUCAAUAGAGGCUACACAGAGCCAAGCUCUUCUACUUCAGUCACCCUUUAGAAAUUCUUUUCAGUAAUCUUUAAAGUCUGGCAAGGAUUCAUUUAUACCAGUGAAAGUGGACAGCAUUGACUUCAGAGAGUAUAUGUAAAAAUAAAAAGAACUUAGCUUAAAAAUAACAUUUCUUUUGAGAGGAGAAAUCCAUGGGAAUGGAAAAUGACAUGGGUUGGUUCUGAGCAUUUUUUUUGGAAAGAGCAUUCUAAUAGUUUGUUUUUCUUUCUUCUGGGCAGCACAGCGACUCUGAUUCAGAGCCAGAAUUUCCUUCUCUUUUGCCUUCCAUACCCACAGCAAUCCCUGUAACUGGAGAGUCGUACUGUAACUGUGAAAACCAGAAUGAAGCUCCAUUCUGCUCUAAUGUGCACACCAUUCACCGGAUCAAAGACUGUCAGUGUGGAGAGGAGGAUGAAUGUAAGGAAGCAUUUUAAAAAUCUCAUACGAGUUAGGGAUGUGUUGGAAUGUGACAUAGAUGUGCAGGGGGAAAAUAGUGAAUGGAUCUACGAUUCCCAUUGGCCAUGCUGGUUGGGCCUGAUGGGAGUUUGACUCCAGCAACAUCUGGAAGGUCAUAAGUUCCUCAACCCUGCUCCAUUUCUGAUCUUUCUCCACAGGGCCUUUGGAGAACUUAAAAUAUCAGUUAAGAAGAGAAGGCAGAAAUCUUUUCACAUGCCCAGAACCCCUCUCUCUGACAUGCUAGUUUUCUGUGUGGAGAGAUUUCUUGAAAUCGAUUACUUUGUUCCAUAUUAUACCGCUUUCAAAGGCAACAAAUCAUGGAGGAAGAUCUUAAAUAACUUAAAUACAGGGGCAUUAGGUCCUGAGAGUGUUUACAUGCAGCCCAAAUUGGUAUAGUCCAGACACAGGUUUACUACUUCAUUUCUCUUCAUUUGUAAUAGCUCUUCAUUUGUGUUGAAGUGCAGUUUGAGUUGGGUGGCUGAGAUCCAAUAUCAUUUGUGUUUUUGAAAGAUACCAUCUCCCCUGCUGUCAUUUAGAUUUUGACUGGGUAUGGGAUGACCUGAACAAAUCCACUGCAACAUUGCUGACCUGUGAUGACCGUAAGGUGAACUUCCACAUGGACUACAGCUGUGGCACUGCUGCAGUCCGGGGAAACAAGGAGCUAGCAGAAGGGCAACACUUCUGGGAAAUCAAGAUGACCUCACCCGUCUAUGGCACAGACAUGGUACAUUGAAUGGUGAUGUUUAGGUGCUGCAGGGGGCAGCUAAACAAAACAGGAUGAUUCAUUGAUAGCAGUACACUAAGCGUAUUCUUUUAAAAUAUUUUUCUCCUGCUUUUGCAGCUGAAAGCAGCAAGCAGCCAACAUUAAGUGUAGCUUGAAUUAAUAAAUGGCACAUCAGUAAAACUCAUCAGAAAACAGGCCAGAAGCAUGUAAAGCAUCAGUCAGGCUCUGGGGCUGGUGGAUUAAAACGAUUUUCAAAUGGCAUCAAAACACGGCCAAUGUAGGAUCCAAGCAGCUGUCCUAGGAGUUCUAUAACUUGGGCACAAGCUUUCACUUGUUAUUGCUGUGCUUUGCAAUUGAGUAGAGAUGCCAUUUAUGAAAACUGGCAUCUUGUAUGGUGAAGUCCAGUGGGGACACCAUGAUCUGCAUAAUCUUAGUACCCUUAGGCCACCGCAUGCGUGUACAGCUGUGUCUUUAACCCUCAAAUAGCUCUCAGAUAUGGUGCUUUCAUAUCAUUGCUUGCUUGACUAUGAGGCUGGAGGGUUCCUUGCACUCCCAGAAUGCUUGCUUAGGGGCUGCUGGAAAGGAGUCAUAGCUCAGUAUUUACGUGCUAGAGGCCCAAAAUUGAAUCUCUGCUACCAUCUUCAGCUGAAAUGAUAAAGUAGCGGGUGAGGGGGAACCCUUGACCUCAGAUCCUAGAAAGCUGCUGUCAGUCAAAGUACAUAGUAUGUGAGUAUAUCAGGUAUGGGGAACCGUUGACUCUCUAGAUGUUGCUGAACUAUAACCCCCAUAAUCUUCGGCCAUUGGCCAUGCUUGCUGGGGUUGAUGGGAGCUGGAGUUCAACAAUAUCUAGAAGGCCAAAGGUUCCCUAAUUUUGGGCUAGACGAACAAGUAGUCUGACCUGAUAGAACACAUAAUUAUUUUACAUGAACCAGUCCUAAGAUGACUUGCUUAUUCAUAUCCAUUGGAAUAAACCGUUCCAUCUUAAGACCAAAGAUUUCCUUAGUAAUGUCUUGGCCUUUGCUGCAGGCAUAUGUGCAACAUUAGAGACUGAAAUGUUUCGGGGUGGUACCGUAUUUUCCAUUAGAGUUGUAGGUUUGUCAAAUUGCCUAAAUUCAAUUAUCUGUCAUAGGUCUACACAACCAAAAAAGUGCUAUGCAAUAAAUUGGAUGAUACUGUGCUGUGACACACAUUAUGUGAAAUAAAAUCAUGCAGGUCAACACAGCAUGUCAGAUUGAUGUACUGCUGGGGUUGGUCUGCAAGAGUUGAGUAUAGCAGAGCUCAAACCAUGGGCCAGAAACCAGAAUGCAGGAGAGGGUAAUUAUGUAAUAUGUAUUUGUGAACUGUCCAGAUGCAUUAACAAGGUUGAAUUUUAUUAAAUGAUAUUAAAAAUGCAUAGCGCUAGACAACUGAACAGUAAAUAGUUCAGUUCUAUCAACGUGUUCUUUAUCUAAACUAGAGGGAAUGCAUGUUGGUUUAGAAAGUAGGGAGUAUGAAUGAUUUCCCCCACCCAAAGUGAUUGUUGGAACCUGAAAUGUUCUCUGUAGUAGUGGAGCAGAAUCAGUGGCUCUGAAGGCUAAAUAAAAAGCUUACAUGAGAAAAUGCUCAGGUGAUUGCUUAGGUGGCUCCAUGAUUUAUGUAGUGUGUGUACUUAUGUCUGUGUCCCUGCCCUCUUCUCCUCAUUUCAAAUUUUCUGUCCACAUCUAGAUGGUGGGAAUUGGGACAUCAGAUGUGAAUCUGGACAAGUACCGCCACACGUUUUGUAGCUUGCUGGGCAAAGAUGAAGAUAGCUGGGGCCUCUCAUAUACAGGUAAUGGCACUAUAGAAAAUAAUUCAUGGGAUGAAGGAGAAAUGUGAAGGUUUGCCAGUAACUGGAGGUGGCUUGGUGGCUCACAGAGCGAUUGAGCCAUCAGAGAUCAUUGCUUAAAGUUGUGCUCCUUCAGAUGUGAUUGGACUCCAAACUCCCAUCAUCGCCAGCCCCACACAGCAUGGUCAAUGUUCACGGGUGAUGUGAGUUCUAGUCUUAACAUCAUCUGCAGUGCUACAGGUUAGCCCUGACUGAAAUGUUGAGAACAUGAAUGUAUAAAUUCUCCCUUACAAAGGAAGUGAGAGACCAUGAUUGACUAAAGGAGUUGGACAAGUCAUGCUGAGCAAAGGGGUUAUAUAGUUCAUAUAUUUGUAACUGUAAACAAAAAGUGAAAUGACUGGCUUCUGAAGGGGGAAGGUAUUUCUGUAUUUGAAGCCUGAUGCCAGCAGACGGGUAUGCAGCUGGCAUGCUAGCAUAUGGGGAUGGACUAGUGCAUGUGGCAGGUGCAUUUUAGUGGGCUGCAUGUGCAUGGGGAGCCUGCACAGGUAAGGGCUUUUUCUUGUGGCUCACACCCUGUAUAAAUUGUGCUUGGAGUACAGGCUAGAGAGCCAAAAAACAGGCUAGCUUUCGGAAGUUCAAAGUUUAUAUUAACAUCUUAUUCUGUGCAUCCCUAUUUUAUAGGUUAUCAGAGAACUUGCACAUGCACGCGUAAUUAAAAUGGCAUCUUCAAACUUGCAAGUGUUGGUUUACUACUUACGUGUUCUGGACUGCUGCAUGUGUGAAAUUACUUGCUUCUAUAAACAAAAUGGCUUGGGCCAAAAUUUGGCUAGUGAAAAAGCCAAGUAUUCAGCUGGUGGUUAAAAAGUUAGUAUCAAUAUUUUAAAAGUACAUCAGAGCAGGUCCCUGUACUGAGAAGAUUGCAAUCUCAAACAUGGCACUGAGGUGUCAACAAAGGCAGGAAACAGGGGCGAGGGUGAACUUGGGUGUGUACUUUCCUUUGGUUACAGUAGCGGACGAUGCCCAGGGCUUCAUGGAAUUAGUGGUGACAUCACACAGGCGUUCAGGGAGGCAGUUCUAGGCAUGAGGGCCAUCAAGGGAGAGAGGGAAGAUUUGAUUUGUUUGAAGGAGCACGGUCCAUUUUGUUCUUGCACCCAGCUGUUUUGGCAACAAGUUUUUGUGAGGACUUGAAUUAAUGGAUCAAGACAGAUUCACUGAAUUUCUGACAAGUAGUCGGAGGCUUGCCCAUGUAUAACUGAUAAAGAACUAGGAAAUAACUGUCUUAAGAAAAAGUAGGAAUACACAGGAUGAGUCUACAGUGUAUAUUGUGUAAUUGUGGCUGCCAAUUGCCCUCUAGGACUCCUCCACCACAAGGGAGACAGAACCAACUUCUCGACGAGGUUUGGCCAAGGCUCCAUUAUUGGAGUGCACCUGGACACCUGGCAUGGGACUCUGACCUUUUUCAAAAACAGGAAAUGCAUAGGUAAGAGCAAGAGAUCCAGAACAGGUUUAAGCUGACCAAACUUUGGCACAACUGAAAGGUGUAGUCCAGUUUUGAGAUGAGGGGGAAUGUUGGAAGAAGAUGCAACUAAGCAGGAGGGAGCUAUUGCUAGAUAUGGGGUAGGAUCACUGAAGUGUGAGAUCUAAAGUUUAAACUUUAAGGGACUGACUCUCAAAAUAUCAGCAUGCUGUGUGUCCCUACUACACUCAAAUUACAAUUUUCUCAUGUGUAAAGAUGUCAGAGGGCCUAGUUGUUAGUGCUGCCUGAGCAUCCCAAGCUUUUGACUAUUGAAAGGCUGUUUGGAACUAGUAAAAUGUAGCAUAAACCAGAAGUAUAUGCAUGUAAGCCAGCUUUGGCCUUCACAUCAGCGUAACUACGACAAGUGUAUGGCAUCAUGUAGCAGCAUGACUGGUGCCUGGACAGUUUUCUUGAUCGUGCACAGAGACAAAGAGCAUAGAAUCACACGUUGCUGCUGUUUUCAUUGACGCUUAAGUCCCAAAUUGAAGUUUUCUCUGUAAGACUAUCAAGGGAUGGAGUGCCCUGCUCCCCAAAUCCUUACAGUGCUCUAGCCAAUGGCUGAGAGAUUAUAGCUUGUUGUGUGCCUUUUCCCCCCAUCUCUGUGACCAUGUGUUGAUCUCAGGCCUCCUUUUUGGUAUUUCCAUUCAGGAGUAGCUGCCACCAAACUUCAGAACAAGAGAUUCUACCCCAUGGUAUGCUCAACGGCCGCUAAGAGCAGCAUGAAAGUAAUCCGCUCUUGUGGCAGCCACACCUCCUUGCAGUACCUUUGCUGUUUCCGUCUCCGCCAGCUGCUUCCUGACUACGUGGAUACACUCGAUGUGCUGCCCCUUCCCCCUGGACUGAAGCAAAUUCUGCACAACAAACUGGGCUGGGUGCUGAGCAUGAACUGUGGCUCGAUUCAGCCACCCUCCCCCACCUCAGGAAAUGAUUCAGAUAGCUCUUGCAGUUCAGAUGCUGAGGAAUGCCAGCGAAAGAGAUGCAGGAGGACAUAAAACUUCCUUUGAAGGCCAUGUCUUGAAGGAUGAGGGUUUUUCCUCAGUGUCUUUAUAAGGGUGGUUGAAGCUGGCUCCUCAAUGAGGGCAAAGAUUUCCCCACUUUCUAGUGAAAUCUUGGAACUCAACAAGUGUUUCCUGCUUUGGAAGAGACCUACCUUCAGGAGGCAAGCCAUUCCUGUAGUUUGAUUACCCCCGUUUGCCUCCUGCUCAUCAACUACAGUUGCCAAGUUUUCUGGAAGAGUCUCUGAACCUUGAGACAUUCAGUAGCCAAACAGGACAAGGAACACUUUCCUCCCAACAACCAAAUGAAUGAGACUCAAUUUAUGAUGAAAACAGAGAAGCCAAUGUACUGUGUUGGUUGGCCACUUUCAAGUAAUGCCUCUGGGACAAAGAAACAGCAAUCUUUAUCAAUAUAAAAAGGGCUCUUAAUCUCUUGUGUGUUUUUCAGUGCUUUGGCAAAGACAGCUCUGGCGCAAAAUUAACUUGCUCGACUGUCUCUGUAAGUGAACUCAUGUGAGCCUUGCAGCUUUAAUUGCUUUGCAUGUCUACCCGCUGCCUCUCCUGUAUUGAACUAUAUGAAAACAUAAUUAAAAUACAAGCUGCAUUGACUUACAAGGGUUGAACACGGGCGUAAGUGACUAAUGGUUUUGUUUCUGGUACUGCUGUGGGACUUUGCUUCUCAAGGUUCCUUCGUGACAUGGCUCAGCCAAUACCAAACCAUUGUUUGGCAUUAAGUGCAUGACCUGCACACUCAGAUCUCCAUCUAUUUCACAAAUCAUAGUUUGCCGUUGCCUUUGAACUGGGCACAUCAUGUUUUUAUUUUGGGAUGCUUGUGUCCCACCCUUUAAAUAAAUACACAGGGUGGCUUAUGCUUGAACCAAAUCAAACAUGAGAUUAAAAAGCAUGUUGAAAACACUGAAAGGGGGAUAAGAACCUCACAGAGAUAAAAGAUGGUUUAGCUGAGGGGUGAUUUGGUAAUGCCAGACUUGCAUAAGCUACUUUGUUUUCUAGAACUGGAAUCUAUUUUGUCAACUAAAAUCUUGUUGCCUGCCUUCUAUACCAUAUGCAAAAUAAUGACUAGAGUGGGGUGUGUGAACAUAGUUAGAAUUAAAGAAAAGUGUGCCUUUGAGCACCACAUGAACUGAGUUUACAUUCCUGUCACAUAAAGAUCUCCUAUUGGGCUUCUUCCAAGCUUUAUUUGUUGCUGCAUCCUAAUUUACUAAUUAAAUGCUCUUUUGCUGCUAUUGUUGGGAGUUGAAAAUUUGCUGCCUUACUGCAUAUCAGUCACAAAGCUAUCUCUUGCCCUUCACCAAGUGGUCUCAGGGCAGGUUACAUAAAUUACUGCAAUUUCAAAUAAAGGAUUAAUUAAAACUGCAAAACUAAACAGUCACACAAGCAGCAAAAUAAUCGGAGGGUAAACAUCCACUCACCCAAGUGUUGUGAGUAGAGGAAUGUCUUGACAACAUAUACAAUGAUGGUGUCAUGAAUCCUUGAGCAUAUUGCACAACCUGGGGGCCAUAACACAACACACUUGCAUACUCCACUGUCCCUCUAACAUCACAAGGUGGUGGGACUUCUGACACUGCCAUUCCUAUGUAUCUUUAACAUUUGGGCCAGUUGAGAUAUCAACUGCUUUAGAUUUAAAAAGGUAGGGGAACUAAAAGGGCUUUACCAGGUGCUAAAAUGAGACUCUUUGGUCCUAAUUUGUGGCAUGCUCUUACAAUCACUAUGGUGGCCUUUUUAAUGGUAACUUGGUAUAACUCUGAUAGAAAGGAAACUCCAUAAGGGCCUCUUGCAGGCCUACGUAGAGACAGGUGAUCCUUUGGGUAACUUGGUCCAAGUGGGGCUAACACUACAGAUUUGUAUGAAGAUAUGAAAAGGCUACUGCAAGGCAAUCCUCACUGAAUGAAAAUUUCAAGGGCAGGUGGAAUAAUUCAAGAGGCUUGAUGGUAUUUGUGCACAUUUACCAUGUGCUUUCUAGAGGUCCAUUCUGCAAUAACCAGCAAUACAGAAACAGAGGUUCAGUGAUUAGAAAACAUGAGAUUCUGGCCUUUGACUAUCUCACCUAAGCACUUAGGUCUAAAACAAGCUCUGGAUUGGUAGAUAUCAUGAAGAGGUAGACCCGACGGGACAAGUCUGGGCCAAUCCGCCGCUCCCUCUCAUUUUCUUCACUUCUGACCAAAAUGUCACUUAGGAGGAGCUGUUUUUCCUUGUCUGUGCCACACUCUCUGUAGGCCUUAAAAAAAGGGAAAAAUAAAUUGGCUACAGAAAACCCUGAUGAUUUCCUCCAGUGUAGAAUGUAGAGCCAUUCUGAACCUAUAUUAAUGCCCUAUUGGAUUAAAUAGGUAUUCAGUAAUUGGAAAGCGAUUGAUUCAACAUGCACAGAGAAGGUUAUGUUGUUAGAUCCUUAUCAGGAAGAGCUGGGAUAGUAAUUUUAUUAUUUAUACCCUGCCCAUCUGGCUGGGUUUCCCCAGUCACUCUGGGCAGCUUACAGCAUUUAUAAAACAUCAAACAUUAAAAACUUCCUGAUACUGGUCUGCCUUCAGAUGUCGUCUUAAAGUUACAUAUCUCCUUGACAUGUGAAGGGAGGGCGUUCCACAGGGAGGGUGCCACUACCGAGAAGGCCUGUUUGAUUUCCUGUAACUUUGUUUUUUGCAGUGAGGGAACCACUAGAAGACCCUUGGAGGACCUCAGUAUCCGGGCUGAACAAUGGGGGGUGGAGAGACUCCUUCAGGUAUACUGGGCUGAGGCCGUUUAGGCUCAGUCGGUAGAGCAUGAGACUCUUAAUCUCAGGGUUGUGGGUUCAAGCACCACGUGGCUUGAGUCUUGAAUUUUUGGUGCUUGAGUAUCCGCUGAAGCUUUGCAACGUAGGAAAAUGGGAGUAAACCAGAAGAUGACUCUGUCUCCAGGGGACCCUAAGGGAGUCCCCCCAUAAUAAAUAUCUCAGUGACGACUCGGCACACCCAAAGGGCACCAAAUGCCAACUGACGAUUGGGAAUAAAAAAGCCCAGCCACAUUUUGCUGUGGGUCCUGUUGAGGCCCAUUCAAUUUACUUCUCUCCUCUGGAGCAGCAGGGGAGAAAGCCUUGGCCCUCUUCUCUGCAACAGUCCUUGAGAUAUUUUGAGGAGGGCUUGAUCUGCCUACCUGUUUUGUGGCAGUUUUGCCUUCCUCCUCUCUGGAGGCCUGCUGAUUAGCCAACGACAAAGCAAUCAAAGAUGUGAACUGACCUCUAGCAGCAGCUGUGGUGAAGGGUAUGCUUUGGUGAUGGCUGCUGCCAUGGCAGGGCUGGUUCGGUUAAGCUGCUGGAUUUGCCUGAGCCAGGCCUGUUGGAGUCCCAUCCCAUCUUUCUGCACACGCACUCCACUGGCCCACCCACCAUCAGCGCAGAAGGAGAAAGGCUGGUUUCCCUGCUGUUUCCUGUGGGAAGAGGCACAGGGACAGGCUGCUUGAGACGAGAUGUCUUUAAAAACCCUCAGAAUGUUCUAAGUGUUGCUCACUUAUAAACCUCUAACUAAUUAGAUAAACAUGCAAGCAUCUUCAUAUGCAUAAACAGUAUUUCUGGAGAAAAUCAAGUAUCUCCAGAGGGGUGUCCCUCUGCGCGAUGUCUCUUCUAAAACGCAGUCCUAUUGUUUUUUAAUUAAAAAUCAACUCCCCCAAUUUAUCAGGAAACAGUAGCAAAGAAAAUGUUCCUUUUUUUCACCUGGUUGCCUCAGAAGAAGAGUCAAGAUGGCAAGGUAUGGAUUUUCUUCUUGCAAAUGGUAUCAUAUUAUUAACAUGCACCAGGUACAUAUGUGUGUGUCUCUAUCAGUUUUUCUUCAAUAAAGAAUUGAGAGGCUUCCUUUUUAUUCACGCUACUUGUGCACACAUUAGAGGCAUUCCGGCUUUAUAAAACACCCUUCAGACACUUGCAGCUAAGGGGAUGGGGGCGGGGGAAGAGCUUUGAAGAGAAACGAGGCUGCAAAGAUGAUCUGUGGCAAAAGGCACUCACUUAUAUGGGCUCUGCGCAAUAGCUUUGGUCAUUGCAGAAAUGUGCUGGGCAAACUCCUGCCAUGUCUCCAGGAAUAAGACACCGGUGUUACUCCAGAGUUGUAGCACCACCAGAGCCUGCAGGAGCAACAGGCAGAAUAAAUAAAUAGGGAUCAUCUAUGAACACAGACCUACAUCCAACACAGUUACACUUAAGGCCACUGAAGUCCAUGGACUUAAAGCAUGUCCUAACUCUUGUGUCGGACUUGGGGCAUAGCAAGGUUAUCAGGCAAGCCUGAUGUCAGUACUCAGCACUUUCAGGCAGCAAGCAAGGCCCCAGCACUCUUAAGAGGACUUACAGAAUGCUGAUACCCACCUGUCUUUGGUUCUCCCUGCCUUCCAAUAGGGUUCAGCUCUAGUGGCCAAAUUUCAGCGAGCAAGGACCAUUUUGUUUUGCCCGCAUUGCAUCAGUCCAGGGCAUUGGGGUAUGGGGGAUAGCAGCCAAUAGCGGGAGGCACUAUGUUUCAAUAGCGGCUGCCAUUUUGUUUUUCCCACAGUGCUCUGGACUAAUGCAACAUCUGGAGGAUUGUGGGGAAACAAAAUAGUGGGCCAAUGAGGCUGCUUUCCAGAGGAGCUCUGCCACUCCUUAGAAAAAAGGAAGGAAGGAAGGAAGGAAGGAGGGAAGGAAGGAAGGAAGGUAGGUCUGUCUCACCCCUCUGCUACACUACAUGGUUAAGUUUCCAUAUGUGAACCUUAAGAGGGGGCCUUUGGUUGCUGGCAAACCAGGACAUAAAGGCAAUGGCAUUCCUCCAUUUGCUCUCCGCAUAUGGUAGCCACAAGAGUACUGUCUCUAUGCAUCAUUUAGCUAUCAAGGCUGCUGAACUAUUGACAGAACUCUCCUUCAAGAAUAAAUCAAUCCUUUUUUAUUUCUAGAAUAACUUGUGUAAGAAAACCUUGCUCACCCACGUGGUUCAGGAUCCUGUUCUCACAAUGGCCAGCUAGAUGCCUAUAUGGGAAGCCUGUAAGCAGGACCUGAGUAAAGAACACUCCCCACUAGUGACUGUCAGCAACUGCAAUUCAGAGGUGCAUUCCCUCUGACAGUGGAAGCAAAACUGGCCAUUGAUAGCCUUGUCCCUCUUCUCCAAAAGCUCCUCCCCUUACAACUGACUCACUCCUGGUAAUUGUAUUCACCUCCUGUAUUUGAUGCUCUGUCAUCAACAGUUCUGGGCCAGGCUGGAAUCCUGGCGCCUCCUCCUGCCCAGGAUUCAGUGCUUCCUGCUGGUGUCCACGAUGCUGGUUAUACCUAAGCAGUUCAGAUCAGAACAACCAAUUACUAGUUUUCAAGCUCUUGUGAGUGAUGCGAUUUAUGUAUCACAAUGCUGGAUUCUGGGGUCCAGAAGGGCUCUUCUGAUGUUCUUAUGAGUCAUCUCUAUUUUCCAUGUAAAGUGCACUCAAUAAAGCAGAUCAAAAUUACUUUA